UUUCUUUCUCUGUAUAAUAUAUUAUUAUGGUCUUCCCUUAUUCUACUCGUCGUUUAUCUUCAACUGAAGUCGAAGACAUUUUGGCAAAAUUAACUCAAGAAUUAACUGUUACUACAGAUCGCAUCCGAACUAUCAUUAAACAAUUCAAUGAAGAAAUGGAUAAAGGUUUGGAUCAUGAAGGUGCAACAGUUCCUAUGAUUCCUAGUUUUGUUACUGGACGUCCUACAGGUAAAGAAACUGGAAGAUAUAUGGCUUUGGACUUGGGUGGUACCAAUCUUCGUGUAUGUGAAUUCCAUUUGGAAGGUCAAGGGAAAUUCUCUGUUCAUCAACAAAAGUAUGUUGUCUCUGAUCAACUCAAGAAGGGUGAAAUGAGACAUUUGUGUGAUUUCAUUGCUGACUGUGUCGACAACUUUAUUUCAGAACAUGGCUCUGAUCAUUUGGACGAAGCUCUUCAAUUAGGCUUUACUUUCUCUUUCCCAGUGUUACAAACAGCUAUUAAUCGUGGUACUUUGAUGCAUUGGACAAAAGGAUUCAAUUGUUCUGGUGCUAUCAACAAGGAUGUCGUAGUUAUGUUACAAGAUGCCUUUUUACGGAAAAAUCUUAAUGUUAAUAUUGCUGCUAUUGUUAAUGAUACAGUUGGUACCUUGAUGGCUCAUACUUAUCUUCAUCCUGAAACUACUAUUGGUGUUAUCUUGGGAACUGGAACAAAUGCUUGUUAUUACGAAAAAGCAACUGGUAUUAAGAAAUGGAAGACUGAAAAACAAUUCGAUGAUAUGGUGAUCAACAUGGAAUGGGGUGCUUUCGAUAAUGAACGUCGUGUUUUACCCUUGACGAUAUAUGAUAAUAAAUUGGACAGAGAAUCAAUCAACCCUCGUCAACAAAUCUUUGAAAAACAAAUUUCUGGAAUGUAUCUUGGUGAAAUAGUACGUAAUGCCAUGCUUCAUUUGGUAGAUCAAUGGAUGUUAUUCAAUGGCCAAUCAUCUGCUGAUUUGAAUAAACAAUGGGGUUUUGAAACCGCUUACAUGACAACUAUUAUUGCCGACAAUACGCCUGCUUUGGCUUCAACGGAACAUAUUCUUCAAGAUGUCUUACAAAUUGAAACAACCACCUUGGAAGAUCGGCAAAUUGUCAAACAUAUCUGUGAUUUAGUUGCUCGUCGUGCUGCUCGAUUGUCGGCUGCUGGUAUUGCUGCUGUAUUGUCUCAUACUGGUGACAUUGAUCGUCCUUCUGUGGUGGCUAUUGAUGGUUCAGUCUAUGAAUUCUUACCUGGUUUUGAAAACAAUAUGAUCAUUGCGUUGAAGGAACUCUUUGGUGACUCGAUUCAAAAUCGUAUCAAGUUUGCUUUGGCCAAGGAUGGUUCUGGUUUCGGUGCUGCUAUUGUUGCUAUGGUUGCUCACAAAGCUGCCACCUCUUCUUGAUCUCUUUUGAUUGGUGAUACCCUCCAUACAACUUUUAUUUUUUUUUUUCGGCUGGAUCCCUACUUCCGUUUUUUUUUAUUUUAUUUUAUUAUAUGUUUUUUUUUUUUAUAUCUAUUACUACAUUUUGUAUACAUCAAUCAUCACUUUGUACAAAACAG